AUGGUACUAAAGCUAUUGAACAUGUUAUAUAUUUUUGAUAUUGAUGAUAAUAUUUUAUCUCAAAAUGAAAUUGAAUUAUUAGGAUGCUGGCCAAGUGAUGAUGAUAUUGAUUUGAAUGAGAAUGAUGAUAACAAACACGAUAAUUUAGAACUAAUAAAUGAUCAAAAUCAAAUUAAUAAUGCAACGUCCAAAGUUAUAAAGUUAUCAAAAUUAGAUGAAAAUUUGAAAAUAUUUGAUACUAUACAAAGUAAUGAUGAUGAUAAAAGUAACAGUGAAGAAAGUGAAAAUGAAAAUGAAAAUAAUACAAUAGAUGAUUCAUGUUUAAAUUUUAUAAAAGCAACUGAAAUACUGAAAUCCAAUACUUAUUAG